AUGUCAUACGCAUCUGAUAAAACGAAUCUUCCUUCGUCAGGCACGAAGGGAGCAACAACAAAUACAGAAUCAUCACAAGAAACAAAGCAGCAAGGGGACCUGGGUACUCUUCCACGUCAAAACUGCAUCUCCGAGAUUGAAAAACCUGACGUCAACCACAACCACAAUCCUGAAGGACUCUCCUCUUCAUCAUCUAUAUCAACCACGAAGGAAAAGUAUCUAGAGCCAAGACUGUUCCCAGAUAAUGACAUAGAACCGGGACAUCUCCAUGACUACAAUGACAUCCUAUCAUACCACAGUCAAGGUGAUAGACUCUCGAGAAUCGAAUCCAGUCCAGUAUUGUCACGUCAAUUGACAAGAAAAAUUCUAAACAUCCCCGAAUCAGUUGAUCAAGAAUACAACGAAGACGUUGCACAAGCUUGGGGUGAAAAAAGAGCCUUCCCACCCCCGCUUCCUGAUAAGAACGCUUACUGUGUCACUUUUAAUGGACCAGAUGAUCCAUAUUGUCCCAGGAACUACCCAGCACGUAAAAAGAUCCUCUAUUGCUUCACUGCCGGUUUUUCAGCCUUUUAUGUGUCACUUGGAUCCGCUAUGUUUUCACAGGGAAAUGAGGUUGUAAUGAGCAAGUUUCAUGUUGGACUGUCUGUUGCAGCAUUAGCUACUUCGCUUUACGUGUUUGGGUUUGCUUUAGGCCCAAUUGUGUAUGGUCCACUAUCAGAGUUGUACGGAAGGAAACCAAUUAUGGUGAUUUCCAGUUUUGGCUAUUCGGUUUUCUUGUUUGGCGUUGCCACUGCCAAAGAUUUACAAACGAUCAUGUUGUGUCGGUUCUUUGCUGGCUUCAUUGGAAGCGGACCAUUUCCAUUAGCACCAGCAAUCAUGGUUGAUCUAUUGGAGGACCGACCUAGAAGUGUUGCAGUUAAUGUCUUUGUGGGUACGAUUUUUGGUAGCCCCAUGUUGGCACCAAUCCUUGGUGGGUUCACUACAAAAAAUAGUGCAUUAGGAUGGAGGUGGAAUUCCUACUUUUCUGCUCUCAUUGGCUGUCUUGCAUUUAUCCUCAAUGUAUUUUGUUUACAGGAAACGCAUCAUCCAUUGAUAUUGGCGAAAAGAGCAGAAUAUUUAAGACGCAAGACUGGUAACUGGGGAAUUUUUGCACCCUAUGAAGAGCUUAGCCUUAGUUUCAAAGAGAUUGCUAAAAGCAACCUUUUAAGACCUUUGCAGUUGUUAUUUUUGGAGCCAAUAGUGUUUCUUGUGAGUCUUUACAAUGCUUUCAUGUAUGGUAUGUUGUAUUCAUUUUUAACAGUGAUACCAUUGGUUUUUGGAGGUAGGUUUGGAUGGUCACAAGGGGUGGCUGAAUUGCCGUACUUUUCCAUGAUGCUUGGGGUCGCAUUUGCAGGGCUUUGUAUCAUAGUUUACGAGAGAAUCUACAAUCAUAAGUUGGAUACAACUGACGAGAAGUGGACUCCUGAGUCGAGAUUACCUCCAAUAAUGGUGGGUGGAUUUGUAUUUGUCAUUGGGAUAUUCUGGCUAGGAUGGACAGGGGACUAUCCUCAAUAUAUUCAUUGGAUUGUUCCCGUCAUUGCAGCAUUUUUCGUUGGUGUUGGUUUGAUUUUGAUUUUCUUGCCAACAUUGAACUAUUUGAUUGAUUGCUAUGUACACGUGCCAGCUUCGAUAUUGGCUGCAAAUACCUUUAUGAGGGCAUCUUUUGGUGCUGCUUUCCCAUUGUUUGAUGAACAAAUGUUUAACAAUUUAACAAUCAAAUGGGCAGCAACAUUGUUGGGAUGUUUAGCGGCGUUGUUGAUUCCAGUGCCUUUCUUGUUCUACAAGUAUGGUGCUUAUGUGAGAAGCAAAUCAAAGUUUGCAUUAAAGUAG